AUGUCUGAAAUCUGUUGCUUGUUGGGUGGCGCGUGGUUUGCGGGUUGGAGCUGCUGGUUGUGCUUCAAAGAUGGAGAUUGCAGCUUUGGUGACGCGGAGUAUGGCACUGGAGCUUCCACCAGGGAUGGCGAGGCCGAGAAGGAAUUUGAGAAUGGCAUGGAUUCGGUGGUACUUCCCCUGGAGCUCUACAGCGUGAGGGAGCGAGGGAGAGAGGAGUGCCCGAUUUGCCUUGGGGCGUUUGGCGACGGGCAAGAGGUGACUGUGUUGCCCAAGUGCAAGCACUUCUACCAUCGCGACUGUCUCUCGUCGUGGCUCUUCAGGCAACCCACUUGCCCGCUUUGCCGCUGUAGCGUCCGACACGGGCCAACCGAACUUAAAAGGCUCUAG